CGUAUCAUUAAAACUGAAAACAAAAUCUUUGACACACGGACACCUACUUUUUGACCCUUGAUGUUACAAUAACUCGCGAAAAACUCAAUAUUAUGAGCUCAAACUUUUACUGAGAACUAUCAAUAGUCAGAUACAUAUUCAAUAAAAAUUUCAGUAAGAUUGAGUGUUCUGGGAAAAAAAAAUUUAGAGGGGAGGGGGGCCUUUAAUAUGCAAGGAGUUGAAAAGGGAAAUGAUGUUCUAUCAAGACUAUAUUUCUCAUCAAUAAAUCCUUUUAAAAAUCCACUGCUCACGAUGAUGCAAAAACGUUUUCGAAUGAUGGAAAUGAAUUUCCAGAGCGAGAGCGAACGUAUCGCUGUAGGACAGUUCGCUCAGACGGGUGUGUACGAUUUUGAUGAUACAGAUAUACCGCCAUUUGAAUCCGGAGAAAAUAGCUGGACUGGACUCAAGAAGAAAAAGUUUUGAGUGGGAUGCAGGUUCUGAGGCGAGUAGUGAAAACGAACUAGACGAACAAAAAGAUGAAGAAGUAAACGGUUUUCUCUCUAGAUUUACACAUACGACUUUUCGCUCUGAAAAUCGUUUUAAGAGUUUUAAAACUCACAAAUAAUUUUGAGUAACGUCUGUUCUCAAACCGCUUCUGUCGUUUGACACUACAGCACACUGCCUUCUUUAUCUUUUUAAAACAAAGACGUAAACAUGUCGGAAUCAACCCGAUAGGACCCCAUCAAGGAGGUAGUCGAAGACCACAACAUUUGAUACCGUUCUAUCACCGACAUUAUUAUAUUUUUCGAGGUCUUCCUUUGCAAGCACCUAUUAGUGUCGAUGACGUGUUUGAGCGCAAAAGUUUUGUUUUGAAUGACUGCAGUGAAAAAGGUCUACAGAGUGGACACUUCUGAUUUCUUAUUUGGAUAAAAUAAGUUUUGAGCCCGGAAAAAAGAGAGAAUUGAUCCCGGUUGCUUUAAUUAACAAAAAAAAGAUGGAAAUGAGCCCGGUUCAAAAAAGAAAAAAUUUAUCUUCACAAAAGAGAGAAAUGAGCCCGAUAAUUUAGAUUUAUUAAAUUGUCAAAUUCGUAAAGCUGUAUCAGUAUUGCAUCCUAAUUUAACAAUUGAUACAAAAAUUAAAAAUGUGGUACAAUAUACACGUCAGCAAACCUGUACACAGAUUAUUUCUAUUGAUGAUUUACAAUUAUGGUGUAAUGAAAUUUGAACUACAAAUUCAACAAUGAAUACAAAUGUAUGGCUUCAACAGUAUUAUACAAUGUCAUGGAAUUCAUAUGAUGAAUAUAUUAGCUGAUUUAAUUCAGGGGAUUUAGUCGAUUUUUCACGUAUAACGGCUCCUUGGUAUUGUACAUGUCGUUUUGGUCAAAAGGAAUAUUCAUGUGUUCAUACAAUCAGUUUAAUGAUUAUAUGGGGUUUUAAAACUGUUCCACAAAUAAUUGGUCAAAGAAAAGGAAAAAGUAGACCAAAAAAAGUAAAAGCAGCUUUAACAAAAGAUUAA